GAUCCCCAUCCAGCCUGCCACGAGCUCUCGCGAGAGGGGCAGUUGAGGCUGCACCCUAGACAUCCGGGUAACUGCCUUGGAGGCCGGAGCCGAGAUGGCGGUGGAGUCUCGCGUCACGCAGGAGGAGAUCAAGAAGGAACCGGAGAAACCCAUCGACCGCGAGAAGACGUGCCCGUUGCUGCUGCGGUUUUUCUUUUUAAAAUCUAGGAUGGAUGCAACUUUAAAGGAGCUGACAAGUUUAGUGAAAGAAGUCUAUCCAGAAGCACGGAAAAAGGGAACACAUUUCAAUUUUGCCAUUGUUUUUACAGAUCUCAAGAGACCUGGUUAUAGGGUGAAAGAAAUUGGCAGUACGAUGUCAGGAAGAAAGGGCACAGAUGAUUCCAUGACGCUGCAGUCUCAGAAAUUCCAGAUAGGGGACUACUUGGAUAUAGCGAUUACGCCUCCAAAUCGGGCACCACCCCCAUCAAGCCGCAUGCGACCAUAUUGAAGUGUCAUUUUUCUGUAGAUGACUGUAUCUUCCAGUGGGUUUCACAUGCUGUAGGAAACAGGCCUUUUUUAUUACUAUUGCUAAGCAAGAUCUGAAAACACUUCUAAGCCUUGACAACAAGAGUUAAAUAAUUAAUUUUACUGCGUGAGUUUAAAAGAAACAGUAUCUGAAUCUGCUUUGUUAUCUCUUCUUUCCUAGCUGUUAUGGUAUGAAAAGUGAAUAGAAAUGUUCAGUGUUUCAAGAUCUAUGUAAAAUAUGACAGAGCUUAGAAGUGCUCUUACCAUUCUGUUAAAAGCCAUGUAGAGUGGAAUAACAUUGUUAUUGUUUUGAACAUGUUUCUGAGUUUGAAGACUAGGUCAGGCCUGAUUUAAUGGUGGUUGAGCUUGAUUAAAAACAAACCACUCAAAGGAGAGAGAGUGCUUUUUUUGACUGACGUGCUACCUAGCAGCAUGUGAACAGUGGCAUCAGUGGGAGAAUCCUUGUGUAUGAUUACUUACUUUCCAGAAGUAAGUCUCCAAACAACAUUUUGUUUGUUUUUUGGUUUUUUUUAAAAAAGUAAUUAUCUUUUCUUAUCAUCAAAACAAAUACAACCCAUAAAAGUCUAGUUUUACUAAUGCAUCUGCCCACUUUAAAGGAAAAACAAGUAUUCUUUAUUUUUAAAAAAGCUUUCAAAUUUUAAACCUAUGUUAGAUGCACAUCUAGCAGUCUCUUGGGUUAUUGGCAUAACUAUUGAUACAAGCAGUCAAAGAUUCCUUUUUGUGCCAGGUACCAGAACUAAGCAAGGAACCAGUCCCUCCUUUUACUUCUAAUGUUUCCAUUAUUUGAGCCUAGGCAAACAAAUAAAAAAAAAAAAAAAUGUAAUGCCAUAUUUUUUGCCCUUUCUUGUGCUGCACUGGUGCGACUGUUUGUACAAGUGGGUUUUCUGGACACUUUAAAAGUGUUUCUGGCACAUUAAAGUAAAACUCGGAUGUA